ACACAAACCCACCUAUUAACUGAAGAAGACAACAAAGGAACAAGAAGAAAAAAAAAAGAAAAAAAAAGAAAAAGAAACACAGAGAGAGAGAGAGAGAGUGGUACUAAAAAUGUAUAGGUUCAGCAACACAGUGAUAGGUUUUUUGAACCUAUUCACCCUCCUAUCCUCAAUACCGAUCAUCGGAGGCGGGCUUUGGAUGGCUAGGAGUAGCACAACAUGCGAAAGCUUCCUCCAAACCCCGUUUCUAGUGAUCGGAUUCGUGAUCCUGAUCAUCUCUCUAGCGGGGUUUAUCGGAGCUUGCUUCAAUGUUGCUUGGGCUCUUUGGGUGUACUUGGUGGUGAUGUUGUUCUUGAUAGGGGCCCUAAUGGCUUUGACUAUUUUCGGGUUUGUUGUGACGAGCCAAGGCGGUGGCGUCGAGGUUCCCGGUAGGGUUUAUAAGGAGUAUUUGCUGAAUAGCUACUCUCCAUGGCUGAGGAAGAGAUUGCAUGAUCCUCAUUAUUGGGAGACUAUUAGGAGUUGUAUUUUGGGGUCUAAGACUUGUGAUAAGAUUGCUUAUUGGACACCUAUUGAUUAUUUGCAAAAAGACAUGUCUCCUAUACAGUCGGGUUGCUGUAAGCCACCGACAUCAUGCAACUAUGUGUUGGCGACGACGGUGGCACAGGACCCCGACUGUUACAGGUGGAACAACGCCCCAAACAUGCUCUGCUACGAGUGCGAUUCCUGCAAAGCUGGAGUCCUCGAAUCUGUCAGAAGAGAUUGGCACAAGCUCUCUGUCCUCAACAUUGUCGUCCUCCUCUUCCUCAUCUCCAUCUACGCCAUCGGCUGCUGUGCUUUCCGCAACACCAAACGCUCCGAGACUGAUUACCCCUACGGUGAAAACCGUAUGUCCAAGGUCAAACCCAGAUGGGACUUCCACUGGUGGAGAUGGUGGAAUGACAGAAAACACUGGCUUUAUUAGGCAAAGCAUUGCAUUCUCUUUUCUUUUCUUUUCUUUUUUUUGGUUUUCUUAUUCCCUCCAAUUCCAAGUUUGUCUUCUUGGUUUCUCAAAAAGAUGGGACAAUUCUGUUGUUUUUCAGUGAAUGUAUGGUCAUGGUGAUGAAGGUUUCAAGGCAUUUCUUUCUUUCUUUCCUUUUCUACAUAAUAACUGCUUUUUUGUACAGAAAAAAAGAUUUGACUUUAUUUCAGAGAUCAACCAUUGCGUCUGGCUUUUACUUUA